UGGACAGAGCCGCUCCCUACUCUGUGCCCCACCACUCUGGUCGAGAGGAGCGUGCGAACAUCGGUGUUUCGACUGCACGUGGCGUAUUAACCUGCACGAGCUACAUAACUAAAAUAAUAAUCAUAAUAACAAACAUUACAACUUGAUUCUAAUACAGCCUCACCGCUGGGGCAACGUGCAAGCUCUACAGGACUGCGUGGUGUGAAGAUCGCUGACUGAGGCUCCGCUCUUCAACAUUCGGCUCCGGCGCUUCGGGGGGCAAACGGGAUCGGAACCAUGAGCCCCAUGCGCUCGUUCCAAGCGGCAGUCGCCGCCGUCUGCUUGGUCCUGACUCUGCACUGCCCGGGUCGCGACUCGUUCCCCGCCACCGACACGGAUUACUUCGCGCUGCGGCCGGAGCGACACGCCGAUGCGCUCUUCCACAACAACUACAAGAAGCUGCUGGGACAGAUGUCUGCCCGGCGCUACUUCGAGUCCCUGCUGCAACAGGGCAAGCGGAUCGAUGAAGAGGAGCCCCCCUUCGAGGAGACGUCGUCCGUCUACAAGCGCCACUCGGACGCCGUCUUCACGGACCUGUUCAGCCGCCUGCGCAAGCAGCAAGCGGCGGAGAAGUACGCCAAGGCCAUUCUGUCCAAGCGAAGGAUGAUGAGUCCAUCGGAGCAAGGCAACUCCCUGGUGACGUCCGGCGAGCUGGACGUGGCCGGACUGGAGGACUACUAUGAGCCGGGAACCUUGCGAGACAUCGUGCAGCACAUCGCCGAGGGUUAUUGACAGCGACGGGAAACCUGCCCGUGCCUUUGGAGGAUUUAUAAAAGAUUACGUGCCGCUCAUCAUCACAAAACAGCGACGGCAAACAACGACAACAACAACAACGACGACCACGACUACUACGACUUACUGCUGCGACAACCGCUAUGACGGCGACAACGGCGACAAAGUCGCGAGAAAUUCCGGCUGAGCGUGUUCGAACGAUGCCAUCCAUCGUGAUCUCCGAUAUUUCGUUGAUGCGCGUAGACCCCUCUCGCCCCUCUCCCCCAACCACCUCCCCCCCUCCCCAACCAACCCCCUCCGAUCGCCCACCCGCAUUGGUAGAGAACCACAGCGCACCGCGCUGCUGUCUGGCAUGGCUCAACUUCCUAUUUUUUUUUAACUCUUUGGUUCUUUCGGUAAAGUCACGGAGGUAUAAAAUAACAUAAAUAAUUUUAUUUAAAAUAAAUAAUUUUAUUUUAUUUUAUACCCACGUGACUUUACCGAAAGAAUCAAAGAGUAUGGAUUUCUGCAGUCACGAAAGCUUCAAAUCAAGAUUCUUAUAUAUUUUUUUUGCGUUGGCUCGCGCGCUACGGACAGGGCCCAUGGGCAUUAGUCACAUCUACAUUCGUCGACGGUGGAGCGAACCAUAAAGUCAACGAUAACAUCGUGACCACUACCGGCUCGGCAAACACAGCGAUGCCCCGUACAGCCUUACCAGACUGCCGGGGCUUCGUGCCGUUUGCGAGUAGCACCGAUGAAGGCCGCCACGGCACGCGAGGGGGGUGGCUGGCCGACACCACGCCGGGCCGCCUUUGUCUCCCUCGUGGCGAGGUUGACACACCACACUAGGUACUCAUUUGAGGGUGAGUCGACCUACCGAUAUAGACACGCGCGCGCGCGGACAUACAUCGUUCUUACGGUCACGGUGUAUUCCACACCACCCCCCUGCAUUAUUUAACCGAUACAAAACAUUCGAUUUGCAUUCACGGUGACCGUGCCCCACUCGUCACGAACAUUUUGCGGUGCGGCAGAAGUUGUCCUCCCCACGUGACAAUGCCAGACCGUGGAUGCUCUCGGACCGCGCGCAACAAUUUUGUACGGCGCAUUUCACGGUUUCCCUGGUGGCUUCUCCAUCCACCGAGCGGACCUACAUUGGUCACUGCCAGUUAUUUCCCCUCUGAACGAUGGCAUUUGCGGGGCGAACAUUCUUGAAAAAAAAAAUCACACUGCGGUCAGCACAAUCGAUGCUUGCACGCCAGGGGACUUGCGCGAUAUUAGCCGGGUCUGUCCGGGUCUGUGCAAGCCAGGACAUAUAUCCGCACCCGGCACACCGCAUCCAGUAUACAGCUCGCUCUGACUGUCACCGUGGCUCAUGGUUAGUGAGAAAUUAAACCCUGGCUACUUGACUCCAUGAUUUAUAAAUUUUGCCAUGCUAGGAUACUGGUUCACAUUUCAGCAUGUGAAGAGACACGGAUGGAGACGACGUUUAAACGUCCGAAAGUUGUCCGAAUGUCGCUCACAUUCCCAUGAAUGAAUAUCUAAAACGCCGAAUACAAAAACCAAUGCGGCUCGGAUUUAGGUGGCGUCUAGAUGUGACCGCACCUUGAGAUGCUUUACUGACACAUCGGGCGUGGGUAUAUAUAGAGAUGUAUUUAAACCAUUUCACUGAGAGUGCAGCUCACAUUUAGAAGGCUGAGAGUUCAUAUCUUGGUUCGGGAAAUGAUUCAGUCCAUCAUCCCAAUAGGGGCGAUAAAAUAGUGACUAAUUUGUUGAAAGCCAACACUGAUUACCGCAAAUAUACAUUACAAGACAACAACGAUCGUUAGUUUAUUGCAGUCAACACGAAGCAUUUUUCAACAAUAUCAGGGCAGUAUCAUAUUUAUAACGUGUAAAUUAAUUUAUGUUUUACUCUGCUUUAUUUAUUAACACUCCAGCAACAAGAGCUAUCACCCCCUUGCACAACUACAGUGACAUUGACCACGUGAAGUGUCGAAUGCUCGCUGGCAGGCGGUCACGGGACGGACACGCGUGUUACUGGUUGACUAAUUGAGGUGACUACCAGCCAUACACAGACAAAGACACAUGCAUCGCCUAUGCGUAUUUGCUAGAGACCAUGCGAAAUAACGAAUGUUAGCACAAACAUACACAACCCACAGGACAAACGUGUCUCCCCAGUGCGCUUUAAUCGAAAUGAAACAGCAAAUGUAACCAAUUACACGAAAACAGGCUAUUACCUACACGUAUAUUUACUUGUCAAUCACAGGUCACCUAUGCAUUCUUUGGGGCAUGCCUUGUGCGUUAAGGUCGUCGUACAGAUAUAAUGAUAUAAAUAUAGCCUAGCAUAUGAAGAGUCCACGUGUGGCUGCCUAGCCGUGUGAGUAUCGAUGUCAUUUUAGCUGUCGCCUCCUCCCGCUGCUCGUGUGCAAUUGUUCGCGUGAGACGGCGGGCUUCAUGUGACACGUGUCGGGGAAGAAUAAAGUACCUUUACUACGA